GGGUGGCUGCGGACAGGGCGACCCCCUUGGCCGGCGCCGAACCCACCAGACCUCGGGUUCCGCUGCGCACCGGCCGCCGGAUCGCGGGAUCCGCGGUGCGGGACGUCUUGGGCGCGUGGAUCCGGUGCCCGUCUCCUAGAUGGUGCGGGGAGUCCUGGAGGCCCAAGUGAGGCUGGAUGGGCAGCAUGGAUGGCUGGCACAGAAUCUUCACCCAAAACACAAUUGUCCCUCCUCACCCACUGAGGGCACGCCAGCUUGGGAAGGAGUCCACAGCAUUCCAGUGUGUCCUGAAGUGGCUCGAUGGGCCACUAAUUAAGCAGGGAAUCCUAGACAUGUUGUCAGAGCUUGAAUGCCACCUGCGAGUGUCUCUCUUCGAUGUUACCUACAAACACUUCUUCGGGAGGACAUGGAAAACCGUGACGAAGUCCAGCAAUCAACUGUCCAGGCAGCCGCCCAGGAUCAUCUUCAAUGAGCCGUUCUAUUUCCACACGACCUUGAACCACCCGAACAUCGUGGCUGUGGUAGAAGUGGUUGCUGAAGGCAGGAAGAGGGACGGCGCCCUGCAGGUGCUGUCCUGUGGCUUUGGAAUUCUUCGCAUCUUUGGCAAUAAACCAGAGUCUCCGACCUCUGCUGCCCAGGACAAACGGUUGAGGCUGUAUCAUGGCACCCCCAGAGCCCUUCUGCACCCACUUCUCCAGGAUCCCAUAGAACAGAGCAAGCACAUGACACUGAUGGAGAACUGUAGCCUACAGUACACCCUGAAGCCACACCCACCUCUGGAGCCAGCCUUCCACCUGCUCCCCGAGAAUCUCCUGGUGUCUGGUCUCCAGCUGAUCCCUGGCCUCCUACCUCCUCACGGGGACAUGGGGGAUGCCCUGCGGAAGCCUCGCUUCCAGAAGCCCACCACGUGGCACUUAGAUGACAUCUUCUUCACCCUGUACCCCUCCCUGGAGAAGUUUGAGGAGGAGCUUCUGGAACUGCUCAUCAGCGACCACUUCCGGGAGGGGGUCGGCCUGCUGGAUGGAGGCACCCUAGAGGUCCUGGAGAGGCGCCUGCACGUCUGUGUCCACAACGGCCUGGGCUUCGUGCACCGGCCACAGGUGGUUGUGCUCGUACCCGAGAUGGAUGUGGCCUUGACGCGCUCGGCCAGCUUCAGCAGGAGAAUCAGCGCCUCUUCUAAGAGCAGCUCUGGAAACCAGGCUCUAGUUUUGAGAAGCCGCUUGCGACUCCCGGAGAUGGUCAGUCACCCAGCUUUUGCCAUCGUCUUCCAGCUGGAGUACGUGUUCAGCAGCCCGUCAGGGGCGGACAGCAGUGCGGGCUCGUCCACCUCUCUCUCCAGCUUGGCAGGCAUGCACAUGGUUCGCUGGGCUGUGUGGAACCCCGAGCUGGAAGCCACCUCAGGACGGGUGACUCUGCCACUCCAGGGUGGGAUCCAGCACAACCCCUCACGCUGUCUGGUCUAUAAGGUGCCUUCAGCCAGCAUGAGCUCUGAGGAGGUGAAGCAGGUGGAGUCGGGAAACAUCCAGUUCAAGUUCUCGCUGAGCCCAGACAUCCCCACAGAGCACGUCAGCGGCCCCAAGACAGAGCGGUGUUCCUUCAGGAAGACACCCGUGUCCCCUUCAGGUGAGUUCCCCAGAGCUGACUCUAGUCUGCAGCUCGCUUCCCUCUCUCAUCAGCCCUGCAAGGUAAGGGCUGCAGGUUGCUCCAAUGAAUCGGUUAGCGGGCUUUUAAUAAGAUGAUGACGUACGAUUGGA